AUGAAUUACGAGACCUCAAAGAUUGUUAGGCUUCAUCUGUACAAUAAAGGCUUUAAAAGUAAUUAUACAGUGUGGACUAGUCAUGGAGAAAUGCACGGUAAAUCUCAGAAUUUUGAAGUCGCUGAAAGUAGUAGUGGGGUAGAACAUAAUGUCCAAAAUUCUAGAAUGCACGACAGGGUUCAGAAUGCAUAUGGCAUUCAUUCGGAUUUUGAAUCCGGUGGCCAUGUUGAAGAACCUCCCAAUGAAGAGGCCAAACGUUUUUAUGAAAAUUUAAAUCAAGCUAGUUGGCCCUUACAUGAUGGGAGUCCCCACUCUCAAUUGUUUAUCACUGCUAGAUUAUUGAGUAUCAAAGCAUAUUACAAUGUUUCCGAAAGGGCAAUGGAUUCUGUAAUUGACCCCAUACAUGAAUUAGUUGACUCGACUAUAGAGAUACCCGAUAAUUACUAUAAGACAAAGACAUUGGUGACCAAGUUGGGACUCUCGUCGGUCAAAAUUGAUUGUUGUGAAAAUUGCUGCAUAUUAUACUAUAAGGACGACGUCAGUAUAGAAUCUUAUAAUUUUUGUAGUAGUGAUAGACUUAAGCAGACUCGUAGUGGGAAGAGGGUUGCUGUUAAGAUAAUGCAUUAUUUACCUCUUAUACCAAGGUUAAAGAGGUUGUAUGCAUCUAAUAGUUCCGCCAUUCAUAUGAUAUGGCACAGUGAAAAUAGAAGGCUACCGGGAGUUAUGUAUCAUCCAUCUGAUGGUGAGGCUUGGCAGCACUUUGAUAGAACCUAUCCAGACUUUUCAGUUGAACCACAUAACGUUAGGUUGGGUUUAUGUUCAGACGGAUUCACUCCGAAUUCUAUUUCUGCUGCUCCAUAUUUUUGUUGGCCUGUAUCCAUAAACCCGUAUAAUCUUCCCCCUGAGAUGUGCAUGAAUAAUCUAUAUAUAUUUCUUAAUUACAUUAUUCCUGGCCCACAUAAUCCAAAAGUUUUGAUUGAUGUAUACUUGCAAACAUUGCUUGAUGAGCUAAAACAGUUGUGGGUUGUAGGGGUUGAGACAUAUGACAUUUUGCGUAAGAAGAAUUUUAAUUUGAGGGACGCUUUAAUGUGGACUAUUAAUGAUUUUCCUGCGUAUGGGAUGUUGUCUGGAUGGAUGACAGCCGGAAAGCUUGCACGUCCUCACUGCAUGGAGAAUACUAAGUCCUUCACUUUAAAAAAUAGUAAAAACAAAUUCAUGGUUUGA